AUGGCUGAAGCCGAUCAGAAAAUGAAGAUUCUGGUGACGGGAGGGACGGGAAUGAUUGGAAAGGCCAUUGAAGAGCUCUCCACGACGGUUGAAAAACGUGAAAAUGAAGAAUGGGUCUUUAUUGGCAGCAAGGAUUGCGAUUUAACCGACAAAGAAGCGACGAGAGCCCUGUUCGAAAAGGAAAAGCCAACCCAUGUGAUCCACCUGGCCGCCAUGGUCGGCGGCCUUUUCCAUAACUUGGCCCACAAUUUGGAUUUCUUUAGGAAAAACAUGGCGAUAAACGACAACGUCUUGGCGGCCUCCCACGAAUUUGACGUUAAGAAGUGCGUCUCAACGCUGUCGACUUGUAUUUUUCCGGAUAAGACAACCUAUCCGAUUGAUGAAACAAUGAUUCACCUUGGACCUCCCCACGAUUCGAACUACGGAUAUGCAUAUGCAAAGAGAAUGAUUGAUGUGCUGAAUCGCGGUUAUGCUGCUGAACAUGGAAGAAAAUACACUUCGGUAGUACCCUGCAAUGUGUUUGGACCCCACGAUAAUUACCAUCUGCAAGAUGCUCAUGUCUUACCCGCCCUCAUCCAUAAAGCCUAUCUGGCCAAACAAAAUGGAACUUCUCUUACUUGCUUCGGCUCUGGAACUCCGUUGCGUCAAUUCAUCUACUCCUACGAUCUUGCUAGGCUUUAUAUUUGGGCUGUUCGACAUUAUGAGGACACCGAGCCGAUCAUCUUUUCGGUUGGUGAAGAGGAUGAAGUUUCGAUCAAACAAGCUGUUGAAGCCGUUGUGAAAGCUAUUGAUUUCCAGGGCGAGGUCAUUUGGGAUUCCACGAAGGCUGAUGGACAAUUCAAGAAAACCGCUUCAAUCAAAAAGCUUCGCUCGCUUCUUCCGGAUUUCAAAUUUACUCCGUUUGAUGAAGCCAUCCAGAAAUCCGUCGAAUGGUUCGUGGUCAACUACGAGAAAGCUAGGAAG